UUCACUCCUGGAACCAACCGGAUACAGUCGCUUUCCACAUCGAGCCUCUUUUCAAACAGUUUCCAAACAUGACCAACGAUGUGUCCAAGAAGAAAGGCAAAGGCACCGGCGAGAAAAAGACCAAGAGGAAAGCCAAGAGACGGGAGACUUACGCCAUGUACAUCUACAAAGUUUUGAAACAGGUUCACCCGGACACGGGCAUCUCCAGCCGGGCCAUGAGCAUCAUGAACUCCUUCGUCAACGACCUGUUCGAGCGGAUCGCCACCGAGGCGUCCCGGCUGGCCCAGUACAACAAGCGCUCCACCAUCACCAGCCGGGAGGUGCAGACCGCCGUCCGGCUGCUGCUGCCGGGGGAGCUGGCCAAGCACGCCGUGUCCGAGGGCACCAAGGCGGUCACCAAGUACACCAGCUCCAAGUGA